AUGUUUUGGGGUCCCCUAAAAUACGCCGAUCAGCUGCUUCCAGCUCUUUUUGAAGUCAAUGUACCUCGACUAGUUCGUCGACUCUUCUUCCACCGGUCGUCUUCAGACUCGUCUCCUAUCCCUUUCUCCUCCGCCCAUAUCAUAGCUCUUUUGCUUCUGUUGUGCACAGAUAUUCCUUGGCCAACCGGUUGCUCCAACCAGACUUCACCUACUCCGUCCGACACAUCAGAAGCGUUGUCUCCGGAGGCGGUAGAGUUGAUCACAUCGCUCCUGUCUCGUUCGCCGGUUGAUCGGCUGGCAGCUGCUAGCCACUUACGAACCAAUCGUUUCCUGGCUCCAGUUGGCGAUUGGACGCGCUUGAAUGAGCUCGAGAUGCCGUUUGUGCCGUAUCCAGAGGAUUCCACAGAUACUUCCUACUUUCAAAUUCGAAAUGAGGUGAACAAGUUUGAAAUCUUUCACAGUGGUGCUGAUUUGUCUUCCCAUCGGUAG